AUGCGCCUUGAGCUCGUCCUCAUCUUUGUGCUGGAUGUCGGUUAUACUGAGUCUGUAUGGGUUGCGAACAGCCACUUCAAGGUGACGCGCUCGAAGACGUGGCUUCGUCGGCACAGCUCUAUCCGUGGACUCCGCGAAGAGGGUGGUAAGGGUGUGCAACGUCGUUGGCUCGCAUUCGACGACAACGACUACCGUGACCGUGGUAUUUCGCGUGUGACUUUCAUUGGACGAAUGAACCCCGAGACGCACCACUCGAAGGUUGCUAGCAUGAUCAAUUGCUUGUUCAACGAAAGUGCUGACGGCACGUAA